GUGGUGUUAUGGGAAAUGUUCACUUCCGUGGCUAUCAGUGUUUGAAAGACAUCUGUGGUACUUUCUGGGUUACUAACUCUCUAGUUCGCUAGCUAGGAAGUUGAAACAAAAAUUUACAAACAUUUAACAGCCAUUAUUAUUUUCAGUAAAACAGAUUUUAUAUUUUGCGAACAGAAGUCCGAAAUCCGAAAACUUCAUUAGGUUCUGGAGGAUUUCAUUACGCUGAUGGAUUCCUCACCAGGAAGAAGCAGCGGCCCUGACCGGACUGAUUGUGACACCCCUGUCCCGGACAGCGACUCCCCCCUGCCCCCAGUAAAUGAGAGGCUGGCUUUCUUGCGCCCAUCGCGGGAGCUGUUGGAGUUUUACAGGCAGAAAGUUGCCCAGUUUGAUGGUGAGCAUGUGGAGCUGCUCCAGAUGCUGGAGAAGUACAAGGCCACAUCUGAGGACCAGCACAAGCUUCAGUGGGAGGUGCGCCAGAGGGAGAGUGAAAUCGCAGAGCUGCAAAAGGCCCUGAGCGACAUGCAGAUAUACCUGUUCCAGGAGAGGGAGCAGGCACUUAGGCUGUAUGCAGAGAAUGACAGGCUCAAGAUCAGGGAGCUAGAAGACCGAAAGAAGAUACAGCACCUCCUGGCUCUGGUGGGUCCAGACGUUGGAGAGAUCACUUACUUCUACCGGGAACCCCCGCACAAGGUCACCAUCCCUCAGAAGAAGCUCCAGGCCAGCAGUCGGGACCCAAAGAGGCCAGCAAGAACAGCUCCACGCAAGAAAGCGGCCAAACCAGAAGUGGGAGGAGAGACUGCAGAGUCCCCGGAGCAAUACAAGAGGGACAACCAGACCCUGAUGCUGCAGGUGGAGGCGCUGCAGGCCCAGAUGGAAGAGCAGACCCGGCUGGCCAAGGAGCAGGUGGAGUCCCUCCUGGAGGACCGGCGCAUCCAGGCGGAGGAGGUGCAGGUGCAGCGGACAAGAGACGAAGAGCGGGUGGCUGCUCUCACCGACAAGCUGCAUCGCACGCAGAACCUGCUGUACGACAGCACCAAAGACUUCCUGCACCUGAAGUUCGAGACGCGAGCGCAGGAGAAGAGCUGGAUGGCCGAGAAGGACCAGCUGCUGCAAAAGCUGGACUCCUAUCAGGAGAGGCUGAGGGGGAGCCGGGGGGGAGUGGGGGUCGGAGACGGAACCUCCCGCAUUGCACCCCCCGUGCCCAAGCAGUCCCACCACGCCCGUCGGGAGGAGGUGAAGGUGCUGGAGGAGGAGCUGAAGCAGGCCCACCGGCUGGCUGACAUGUACAGGGAGCAGUGCGUCAGCCUGGAGGCCGACCUGGCGCAGAUCCGGGAGGAGGGCGACGUGGGCAAGGAGCUUUUCAAGGAGCGUUCAAGUAAGGUUGCGAAACGGCUCCAGCUGAUGACCCAGCGGUACGAAGCCCUGGAGAAGCGGAGGGCCAUGGAGGUGGAGGGCUUCAAGACGGACAUCAAACACCUGCGACAGAAGCUCAAAGACGUGGAGAAGCAGCUCUUCAAGGUGGCACUGAACGUGGGGCCAGAUCAGGACUUGGCGAUCCUCCAAGAGGUGCGGCAGACCGGCUCUCGCACUAAGAAGGUCCAGGGGGAGCUGAGGACACUGAAAGCCAAGAUCUAUGGACUGGAAAAUGAGCUGAGAUACUGCUGAGAGGCUGAAGCCUUACCGUUCCAUUUAAAGGCUUACACUGUGCUCAGAGAUCCAUACCAGUUUUUGAAAUGCAUUGUUCAAAAUGCCAGUUACAGUUCUUUUUAUAAUGAUUCAAAAUUAUGCCUUUGUGCCAGCCCAUUUUUAUUAUACGCCGUCCAUUACUAUGAAGCGAGUGCAAAUGUGGUAAGAUCAGAAGCCAUCAAACAUGUGACACCUGAAUGAUUCUAAGUAUUCUUCACCGACAAUUAGGUUUCAGGAAGUGUUUGGAGGGAAUGUUGGAAUGUUGUCCAAAAUUAUUACUUUUUGUUUGAGAAACGCUGCAAGAUACGCAAUGCUGUCUAUGGUGUAGUAGAGAUUUUGACGCAAGACAACUUGUUCAGAAAUGACCUGGAAAUUACAGCAAAUGCACCUUUGAACCAUUGUGACUGAAUUGACAAUGUGGAAGUAGCGAUUAUACUACUACGCAAUGUCAUUAACUUGAAUGUAUUUGUUUUUACUCUGAAGUUAUUUAUUAAAACAUAUUUUUAAACCAUC